AUGAAGCUCCUCACCAAGGAACUCGAAGAGGCUCACAACAAGGCCGUCCUUAAGGGAGUGACCAUCGGCGGAAUUGCAGGUCUCGUUGGCGGCUGGGCUGGUGUUCUGGUAGCAUCGAAGCGAUGGGCCGGUGUUCGAAACCUCACGCUCCCCAUGAAAGCCUUCCUGAUCACCUCAACAGGAACAUUCACCGGAAUCAUCGCCGCCGACCAUGGAUCAAGAACAUUCGACCUAGGCCAGAGACAGGAAGUCGGUUUCCUACAAGAUCGCGAGACGAGGCUGCGCAAGGAGGAGCUUGCAGAGAUGAGCGUCAGAGAUCGUGUCUUUGAAUUCGCCCGCAAGGAAAAAUAUAAGAUCGUUGCUCUCACUUGGGUUGCCAGCAUGGUUGGAUCCUUUGCUCUCGUCAGCCGAAGCCCGUAUCUGUCUGGCCCCCAGAAGAUAGUACAGGCCCGUGUGUAUGCUCAGGGUCUUACCUUGGCUGUCCUCUGCGCCACUGCUGCAUUCGAGAUUGCGGAUCAGAGACAAGGCCGUGGAAUCGCUGAUGCCGUCAGGGCGAAGACGAAGAAGGAUAAGAACUCGCCUGACGACCUGUGGAAGGAUAUGGUCGAUGCCGAAGAGCAUAGAAUCCACGAUAAGGAGAUAAAGGCGAAGCAUCAAUAA